AUGGCUACACUAAACGGUAUUGCUAUUGUUACCGGCGCUGGCAGCGGUAUUGGUCGGGAAUGUGCACUGGGGUUUGCAUUUGCUGGGGCGGCGGGUGUCGUUUUCGCGGACAGGAAUCUUCCUGCAGCUGAGGAAGCAGCUGAGACAAGUCGUAGGAUUUCCAAUAAUCAUGAUUCUUAUCACGCAUUGGUUAUUCAGGUGGAUGUGGCGGACCGGCAGAGUGUCGAGGGGAUGCUCUCGCGAACAUUGGAGAAGUUCGGGCGGGUGGAUUAUUGUGUUAAUGCAGCGGGUAUGGCCAUGCGCAGACCACGCAACAUCCUUGAUCUGACAUCUGAUGAAUUCGAUCAACUAUACAACGUCAAUGUCCGCGGCACGACGAACACCUUGCAAGCAAUUGCCAGGCAAAUGCAGAAACAAGAUCCUUGCUCGGUAUCAACCCGAAAUGGCCCGCGCGAAAUCGGUCGAGGCGUGAUCGUGAACCUAGGUUCGAUGCACUCACACAUUGCAGCCAAGGAUAUUGCACAUUAUACUAUGUCUAAGCAUGCAGUCUUGGGGCUGACGAAAAGUGCUGCCCUUGACCUUGCUCCUCAAGGUAUUCGCGUCAACAGCGUUUGUCCGACAUGGGUCGAUACGCCCAUGAUCGACGCCGUCGAAGGCAGCGAGCAGCUUCGGCUCAUGGUCAAUGACGUUGUACCAUUGGGGCGGAUUGCACAGCCAGACGAAGUGGCUGAUGUGGUCUUGUUUCUGUGCAGUCCACAGGCUAGUUAUGUAACAGGAAGUGGCUGGAUGAUCGAUGGCGGAUUAUCAUGUAUGAGUAAACUCUAAAUUUAUAUCGGUGAAGCGAUCGGGAUCUAUAUGAUAAAGACUGAAUCUGAUCGACGUUGAUGGAUAGCUAAGCUGAACGCUGCGCAAGCGAUCAUGCCGAACCCAGCCCCGUACCCAGUAUCCAAGCCAGCAACGGAACAACCGGCGGAGACCUCAGCAAGGAAAGGAGAAUCCCUCGAGAAAAUGAUAGAAAAGUAUGAAUUUGCGAUCCCUGGAGGCUGGCUACUUCCGGAGCAGAAAAUGUUAUCUGUCUUGUUUCGAUCAAUUGUUCCGUAUCUCAGAAUUCAUUGACUUUAUUUGGACAUUCUUUAAGUUCAGAUGUUGCAGAUGUAUUGCUCACCGUUUAAUUGGCGGAGAUAUUUUCCAUGAAAGUUCUCCAAGUGGAUUGGACCAACCUCCAUUGUUAUAGACCACACCGUACGUCUGGCGCUCAUUUCUAGUCCUUGGGACUCGGAAUCAGCCUCGAUUGCCCAUAUCCACCGUGCAGAGUUU